AUGUGGCUUUCUUCUCGCAUUUUGUCUAUUUUAGCUGUAAAGCUUCUGCAGAUCCUACUUGUUUGGAUCUACUGUUCGAUGUUUUUCCUGGGACAAGGGAUCGGAUCAGUAUUGAUGAUUACUUUACUAACAUCUCCAUUGUACCUCUUUGCCUUGGCAUAUCUGGUAAUAAGCUUCUGCUUCGAUAUCGAAACACCUCAACAAGGAGGAAGACGCUUCCAGUGGUUUCGCUACUCACAACUCUGGCAUCUCAUCAGAGAUUACUUUCCGAUAAAGUUGAUCAGGACGAAGAGACUGGACGCCAAGAGGAAUUACGUGUUUGGGUACCACCCCCAUGGGAUAAUGUGCGUUGGGGCGUGGUUGAACUUUGCAACCGAAGCUACUGGAUUCAGUGCUUUGUUCCCUGGUAUUACACCAUACCUUAUGACACUAAAGAUUAGAGACUUUGCCAUGGCUGGGGGCGUGUGUGAUGUUUCCAAGGACUCAAUCAAUCACGUUCUACAAGGCCCUGGUGGCAAUGCUGCCAUCAUCGUAAUAGGGGGGGCAGCAGAAUCCCUUGAGGCCCGCCCUGGAGCACAUAACCUCACUCUUAAGAACAGAAAAGGAUUUGUUAAGAUGGCUUUGAAACACGGAGCAUCUCUUGUUCCUGUUUAUUCUUUUGGUGAGAAUGAGCUGUACUGCCAGGCCAAUAAUGACCAUGGCACUUGGAUUAGAUUUGUGCAGUCAAGAUUCCAGAGAGUAAUGACCUUUGCGCCGCCUCUGUUCUUUGGUAGGGGACUGGUCAGCAAUUCUAUUGGAUUUGCACCUCACAAGACCCCUGUUAACACUGUUGGUAAGUUAUCCUCCAUCCUCCAUCCUCCAUCCUCCAUCCUCCAUCCUCCAUCCUCCAUCUAA